UUUUUUUAAUUUCAUUAAGUCUUUGGAGCUUUCCGAAAAAUUGUACCUUCUCUUUGCCCUCUACGUACAAAUACUAAGAAGAGGGUAAUGAGAAGGUGGCAUUUAUUGUAGAAACGAAAACGCCAUAAGUUAACUUUCCUGAAAACAUUCAAUAGAAUGGGAUCAUGGAAUCUAACGUGUCUCUUACAGGAUUUAGAUCCAUGUUGCCAGAAUAUAUUCCGAAAACCCUCAAAUACAUAUACUACACAUAUUUCUAGUAACCAAAAAUACUUGCAUGAAUACAGAAUGGAUACAAAUUACAACGGCGCGUUACGCGCGGAAUAGUAGAAUGCAGCGAACAAAUACAUUUUUCGGUUUCGAAAUCCGUAAGCCGAAUUUUCGUUAGGCAUUGAAAUGACGAAAAAUCGGUGCCAUUCAAAAAAUGCCAUGUGGAAAUGUAUUUAAUGACUAUUUAAACUGUUCACCGAUCGGAUAAUAUUUACGGUGACCCCAAGAACCUCGAUGUUUGGUAAUUUUAUACUUUUUUUUUAAGACUUUCUACAAGAUUUUUAGUAUCCAGUUUUGUAGCCCACCCUAAUAAAAUUCGUAUACAUAUUUGCAUACCAAUUUUUAAUUUUUUCAUUAUAUUGAAGUACAUAUAGCCAAUAUUACAUACAUAAGCGCUCGAAAUAAAAUUGUCUUUCGAGAAUUUUCACAAAAAAAUGUGGAACGCUUCACGAUUUUGCGUGUCAUCCUUGCGCAGGGGCCAUGCUAAUCUUCUCUGUAUCGUUCCAAUUUUAGUAUAUGUUCUGCCGAAGCAAGAACGAAUACAGAUGAGUGCACUUAAUAUUUAUAUUAAUUAUUAGACGAAAAAGAAGUUAAGAAUUGCAGCAUCGGAAAAAGACGGAGUGGAAAAUGCAUCUACGAAUGCUUACGCUGCUGCAAAGGAUAAUUUUGUAUGUACAUAUGUCAAAUAGGUAUAUGUACGGACACACUUACGUACAUAUGUAUGUACAAGUAGAUACAUAUGUAUGCAUACCUGAGAAAGAAUAGACAGGCAUUCAGUAAAAUAAAACCUUCCCUCAGCAACUAAAAACAAACACCCAGUUGGUGUCCUUGACACUGGUUUCCAAGCAUUAAAGGGCAUGACUGCAUAAACAUUCUUACAUACCCUUGCACUUAUCACUUUACAAAUACGUAAUACGCAUAGCAUAACCAAUAGCUACCUGGACGUGGUGGCAAAGCAACCAAAGCAACAGCGCAAACAAACAAUAAUUAUCCUGCCCUUUAACGCCCACGGACUUAACAGACGUCUACACAAGUACUGAGUUAAGAUAUUUAGGCAGUGUAUUUACUAAACACCAAACAAGUGAUAAGCCUCCCAGUGAAGUAGCUUGUAAAUCAUUGUGUCAACAACAUUUCACUUUUGCUACACUUUGCUCAUCUUCAUCCAUAUAACUAGUACUUGUAAACAUCGUAAUGAUUUCACGCCGCGAUAAGCUUUUGAAUUUGCCUUGGACUCAACAACGUUACGAACAUCAUCGUGCCAAUCUACGUUCCGCCAAACCGGCCAUUGAUAUGCGCACUCCGCCCAUUUACUCGCAUGUGAUUCUCAAACCCAAGAAAGUGCAGAUAGAGAAGGAACGUUUGCAACGCAUUGAAGUGGAGAAUGUGCGGCUGUUACAGAAAUUGGGCGACAUUAUGCAAACUAAGCGUAUGUCGGAUUUGUGGCUGGCGCCGAGACCAGAUUUCUUACAUCGUGAAAAAUUAUUUGAAACACGCCCCUACUCUAGUCUACCCAAGUUGAUAACCAUCUAUGGUCCGAAAUCUUCAGUGGAGCAAGCAUUUAGUGCACCAAUUGCUUUAAAAUCGCCUAACUCAAGAAUGGUGCAACGUUGUCCUACUUGUAGUGGUCGACCGGAACGCACUCAAGUGGCCAUUCCCGAGAAGCGAAUACCUUGGGCGCCGCCUCGUGUUUCACGAAACGUACAAACCAAAGUAGCUUGUGAAAUGAAAAGAUGCGUAUACUGUGGACACCCCAAGAAAGUUGAUGAAGGAAAGGCGAACUCAACAGAGAAAAAUGACUAAAUAAAAUAAACUAAAGAGAAAUAGAGUUGCGAAGUAAAUAAAAGUUUAAAGUAGAAUUUACAGCAGAAAAUUGGAAAAAUGGAAUGCAAUGUUUUUGGGCUACGGAGUUCCAAAGAAUCUCUGAUUUUUUUAAGUAUUUAUAUGUUUAAAAUUUUGUUUCUUUUUCACAUUUGAAA